GGAUUAUCCACCAAGUAGGGCAAGUGGCUGAGGCUAAGGACUGCAAUUCCAUCGAGCCUAGUUCAUUUCAGGCAUCCGCUCAGUGCACAGACGGGACAAGGAGAACAGUUUCAGCGCUGACUAUUUGUCAAAGCCCCCCCAAAAAAUAGUCUGAAGUGAAAAUGGUCAAAUACAUGCGACAGCACGGCGAGCUGAAACCCGAAGAGGUCCUGUCGGAGUCUGAUGCAUCCAUGGACCAGCAGGAUUUCGGAGAGAUGUCCGACUAUUCUUUCAGCGACGUUUUAUACUCCAAAUGUUCCGCAAUGGACCAAAUCAGCACUUUUAUGAAGAACGUGCAAGUGCUGCUCGAUGCAGCAAAUUACCUAGAAAAUAUCGAGAAGAACAGCGGAAAAUGUGAGCACGGCUAUGCUUCCACAUAUCCUGCAGGCCAAACAGCACAUCAACAGAAACAACGUAAAUUGAAGAACAGAAAAUUUGAUAAUAUUCUCAAUCGAUCAGCACACAAUGAACUGGAAAAAAAUAGCAGUGCUCAUUUUGCAAGGCAAAUAAAAGGGAGGUGUGAUGCAGCCUCAGUGGCAACACUGUUCCUGGAGGACAUGCAGACAUCUCCCCAGUCAGCAAACGGGAACCGUCUGUUUCCAGACAACAGGGCUCCUUCCUCAGAGAUUCUCAACUGCAAACCUAUCAGCAGCUUGCUUCUAUUGCUUCAGGAUGAGGCGGCAUCUCCCCCAAGCAAGAAACAAAUAAGAGCACAUCUCCGCCUGUGUUUAGAGAAGUUGAAGUCACUGAUCCCUCUGGGACCAGACUGCAGUCGGCACACCACACUGGGACUGCUCAACAAGGCCAAAGCACAUAUCAAGAAACUUGAAGAAACAGACCGGAGGAGUCAGCACCAGCUGGAGAACUUAGAGAGGGAGCAAAGGCACCUUCAAAGGCAGCUAGCCCAGCUGCAGACUCAUGGAGAGAGGGAGCGGGUCCGUACGGACAGCCUGGGCUCCCGCACCGACUCUGACCGCUCAGAGUCUGACAGAGAGGAGAUUGAAGUUGAUGUGGAAAGCACUGAGUUCUCCCAUGGAGAAAUGGACAGUGUAAGCACUAGUGGUGCCAGUGACCUAGAUGACCACAGCAGCCGGCAGAGCACAGCCAGCGAUGAGGGCUACUCCACCUGCAGUAUAAAACUGGCCUUCUCUACUUGAACCACCAGCCUAUACUUCACUUAAGCUGCAGUCUCUUAUGGCUUUCACCUUUUAAAAUACCAGCCUACAGCUCCAUUCUCCCUUGCAGUUUAGGUUAAUCGUCUUCAAAAGAACCAGCCUCAAUCCCAGCUAUACCUGUCAAAUCAAAGGUCUACUCCAACCCCAGAACCAGCCUUAAGUUCAACUCAGUCUAUAAGUUGAAUAAAUGUCUCCUUCCAAGAGCCACAGAGCUCCAAUACAUCAUUUGAAACAUUCAACUAAAAAGCCUCAAAUUUAACUUCUCUGGCAAUAUUCAGUUUCCUGAAUUUCCGUAACCAAUCACCUGAAUGUCCCCGGAUACAUAACCAUUAUCUACUUUACCUGCUCUCAAUGAUGAUCCUGUAGACCCAUGGUCGCACCACUGUCCAAAACUGAAGGGGAACCCCCACCUUUAGUCAAGUUUAUCCUCUGAAACCAGCAAAAACACAAACACACCCAAUACCAGCUAGAAGCUCACCAUUGGGAAGGUUUGCUCCAUUUGCCUUGUAAAAACAUUGCCCUUUUUUUGGAUUAUUUAUCCAAAUGACACUUCUUGUCAGUGUGCAAGUCAGUGGCAAGGGCUACAAUGUCUGCAUUCCAAAAUGUUUAUUACACUUCUAUCACCUCUGCUUUAGGACCCACAACCAUAACUGAUUAAUGUGGCGUCCCCUUCUCUUGACAGAAAAACAGUCGUAUCCAAACGUGUGGUUAAGUCCACCCUUCUUAUUCUAAUUUAUUUUGCAUAUAGUUAUAGUAUUUAUUUUUGGUCUAUUUAAUUCUACUGUAGCUAGGUCUUGGUCAUGCUUGAAUGAAAAAAGAAAACGUUGCUGUUUAUUUCCUUUUUUAAAAAAAAUACAUGUUUACCAAAUUACUUGACAUAAAAGUAAUCCCCACUGCUGCAAAUGUUUCUUAAUGGUAUUUUGUUGAAAGAAUGACAAAAAUCUCUUUCACACUGUGUGCAAAAUCCAUUUCGAUUUUAACAGUAAUAAGCUAUCCCACACUUGUCCAAGCACAAGGCUCAAGCAAUAACGCGUCUAGAUUUAUUCUAUCUUUAAUGUUGGCUGUUUAGCACUCUAUUGUCCGUCCAACACCAAACUGAUGUUUUGCUAAUUUUCCACUUGCUCCAGUAGUUAAUAAUCAGCUGUUUAAAUGAUUGUGAUUUGAAAAAAACAACAACUAUGGUGCAUGUGUGUUGAAUGUAGCUUGUCUAAUCAUGUUGUAAUGUGCUUUGGAUUGACAAGUCUUUAAAAUUGUCUGUAGCAUGAACAACAUAAACACUACAGAACACUAAUUUUGGUUUAUACUUCAAUGUUUAAUACUGUAUCCUUUUUGUAUUGUAGCAGAAAGAGUCCAAGUUCAAAUCCUUGAAAUUUAAAGACUUUCACGUCCCAUUAGUAAUUCAAUGUAUAUUUGACACAUAGAAUUGCACUGGUGACAUGUUAAAAUCCAUUAAAACCAAAUAAGACAUUUCAAUAUGACCAUAUUUCAGUAUUUUUCUGGUCCAAGUCCUAAGUAAUCACCACCAAAUUGUGUCUUAACAUGGGUAUAUGACUCUUGCACAAAGUUCCUUGUUACAGGUCUUUUCACCCCCUGCCCCCCUUCCCCCAACCUUUUUGGGAAUAUACAAAAUGCACUAUGAAAAAGACUUUUGUGAAGGAAGUAUGUCAAAGCACACCCCAGAAUGUUUUCUCUCGUGCUUAAUCAGCCAUCCAAGGUGACUUUUUUGCAAAACAUGUGCUGCUGGUCCCCUGCUAGUACUUUGUUACAGUUCCUGAUGACUGUCCCUGGAAUCUUAAUAAACCUCUACCACCCAGA